CUAAUGCCUAAUAACUUCUCAGUGCACCGUAGUAAACAAGCAGCAUGUCGUACGGCCAACCUAUUAUCGUUUUAAACCAAAACACCAAGCGGGAGUCGGGUAGAAAGGUCCAGCAUGGAAACAUAAAUGCGGGCAAGGCAAUCGCAGAUGUUAUCCGAACAUGUCUUGGUCCACGCUCAAUGCUGAAGAUGCUUAUGGACCCAAUGGGUGGCAUUGUUAUGACCAAUGAUGGAAAUGCCAUUCUCAGAGAGAUCAAUGUCCAGCAUCCAGCUGCCAAGUCGAUGAUUGAGGUGGCCAGAACACAAGAUGAGGAAGUUGGGGAUGGCACUACAUCCGUCAUCAUUCUUGGUGGCGAGAUGUUGUCAGUGGCUGAGCCGUUUCUGGAGCAACAGAUGCACCCCACCGUGAUCAUCAGUGCCUUCCGACUAGCCCUGGAAGAUCUGCUAGACACUCUCAAAGCAUCCAUCAGAACCCCGGUUGAUGUCACAAACAGAGAUGAAAUGAUGAAGAUCAUCAAGAGCUGUGUCGGGACAAAGUUCAUGAGUAAAUGGUCGGAUCUAGCCUGCAAGAUCGCUAUUGAAGCGACAUCCUGCGUUGCGUUAGAUGAGGGAGGCAGAAAAGAAAUUGACAUCAAACGUUACGCUAAAGUUGAAAAGAUCCCAGGUGAUACUAUAGAAGACUCCGAGGUGUUGAAAGGUGUCAUGAUUAACAAGGAUGUUGUACACCCUAAAAUGAAGAGGCGUCUUGAAAACCCGAGGAUCUUGCUGCUAGAUUGUAAUCUUGAGUACAAGAAGGGAGAAAGCCAGACAAACAUUGAAAUUUCCAAAGAAGAAGAUUUCUCGAAGAUAUUGCGUAUGGAAGAAGAAUUCAUCGAGAAGAUGUGUAACGAGAUUAUCGAGGUGAAGCCGGAUCUGAUAAUUACGGAGAAGGGUGUGUCUGACCUCGCACAGCACUAUCUCAUCAAGGCUGGUAUUUCGUGUAUCAGACGUGUUCGCAAGUCCGAUAACAACAGAAUUGCCAGAGCUUGUGGAGCAACAGUGGUCAAUAGGACAGAUGAACUGAGGGAGGAAGAUAUCGGCACAGGGUGUGGGCUGUUCGAGGUUCGCAAGUUUGGAGAUGAGUAUUUCACAUACCUGGUUGACUGUAAGGACCCCAAGGCCUGUACAAUCUUACUGCGAGGAGCCAGCAAGGACAUCCUGAGUGAGGUAGAGAGGAACCUGCAGGACGCGAUGAAUGUCGCCCGUAACGUGAUGCAGGAUCCCUUCCUUGUGCCAGGGGGUGGGGCAGCUGAGAUGGCGCUCGCUCAGGAGCUGAAUGAGAAGGCAAAGAGCAUCACUGGAGUUCACCAGUGGCCGUACCGUGCUGUGGCCAGGGCCCUGGAGGUGAUCCCACGCACCAUCAUCCAGAACUGUGGUGCCUCAACCAUCAGAACACUCACUGCUCUCAGGGCGAAGCAUGCACAGCCUGACUGUAAGACAUGGGGCGUGGAUGGUGAGACCGGGAACAUCGUGGACAUGAAGGAAUACGGAGUAUGGGAGCCGUACAUGGUGAAGGCACAGACAUACAAAACCGCAAUUGAGACGGCCAUUCUGCUGCUGCGUAUAGAUGACAUUGUGUCUGGUACCAAGAAGCAGAUGGAUGCACUCAACCCCCAGUCUGGAGGAGGGGCCCCACCCCCACAGGCCUCUGAGGGCCCAGAAGCCUAACACUGAAAUCUGUUAGCUGUCUUCUAAUUAUAGACUUACACAUUUCCCUACCUUGGAAACGUUUGAACAAAUUGUGUUAUCACUACAUAAAUGUAUAGGUUAAAGAAUUUAUUUAAAGAACUUUAAACUGUUUGUUUUUUUUAAUGAAAAAAGUUGCAAUGUAUUAUGUAAGAAGUUUGAAAAUCAGUAUUAAAUACAGGAACUGGUUUGAUAAAGAAUUCCUCGUAAAAAAAUAUCAAUUCUUUUCAUACAGGAAUUAGAAUGUACGGUACUAUAUAAAACAUCAGUGUACAACAUUUACAUUGCCAGAAGUUUGGUGAAAGACAGACACAAACAUUACUUAAGCUGAAAGUGAAGAUGUUUUAUCACCUCAUUCUACACUCAUUAUUUCCCACUGCAGUGUUCAGGAGUUCAUUGGAACUUGCUGUUGAUUUUGUACUGUGGAUGUGCUUUGGACUUUAUUUAUUUGCAUAAAGAUGUCUCUGAAAAAUGUGCUAACAUUUUUUAUUUGCUUUUGUAAUAAAAAACAACAACUAAAGUUUGAACAAA